CUCAGUAGCAUUGCAUAGGGUGGCCAUGGGGGGGCACCAGGUGCCCACUAGCCCAGCGCCUCCACUCAGUUACAAGACAUCUGAGGAGCGCCCCGCCCUGCCCCACGGUGCCCCCCAGCAGACAGGCAGAUCACAUGGCUGCCAUGAGGGGGUUAUAAACUCCCCCCACGGAUGGGCACAGUUGUGCCCAACCCCAGGGGCUGAUGGGAUUGAGCUGGGGGGGUGCAGUAAAGGUGCAGGAAGCAGCCUGGGGGGGGAACUGAGGCUGGCAGUGGGUCCUGGGGGGCCCCAGGCUGGGGGGGGCGUGUUAUCGGCCAGCCACUUAACACAAUUAAUUAAUGGAACAAGAGACCCUGAGCUGCAUGGAACAGGCCACUGGAGGCGCAGGGCCCCACCAGCCACUGGGGAGGGGGGUUACCCACAAUGCCCCUCUCCCGCGGCCAGCCAGGGACUCACCUGGCAGUGGGGGGGGGUAUUUACCCACAAUGCCCCUCUCCCGUGGCCAGGCAGGGCCCCACCAGCCACUGGGGAGGGGUAUUUACCCACAAUGCCCCUCUCCCGCAGCCAGCCAGGGACUCACCUGGCAGUGGGGGGGGUAUUUACCCACAAUGCCCCUCUCCCACUGCCAGGCAGGGCCCCACCAGCCACUGGGGGGGUAUUUACCCACCAUGCCCCUCUCCCGCGGCCAGGCAGGGCCCCACCAGCCACUGGGGGGGUAUUUACCCACAAUGCCCCUCUCCCGCGGCCAGGCAGGGCCCCACCAGCCACUGGGGGGGGGGUUUACUCACCAUGCCCCUCUCCCGCGGCCAGGCAGGGCCCCACCAGCCACUGGGGGGGUAUUUACCCACAAUGCCCCUCUCCCGUGGCCAGGCAGGGCCCCACCAGCCACUGGGGGGGUAUUUACCCACCAUGCCCCCAGAGCCCUGGGCUGAUACCCGACUGCAGCAGGCCCAGGGCCCGCCCAGAUGACUGCCCCACUCAUGACAGGGCAGGGGCGCGCUGCCCCCCAGUGUCCAGGCUGGGAACUGCAGCUGCCCUCAAUAACUGAAGGGAUGCGAUUAAUUGCC